AUGGCAUUCAAUCGCUUCCGGCCUACAUCGCAUUUUAUCGCUCCUCAUUCGUGGAUGAACGAUCCAUGUGGUGCAGUGUGGAUACCAGAGACACAGGAAUACCGUGUCUGUUAUCAAUGGAACCCAGGCACUUCCAAAGGCGGGAAUAGUGCCUGGGGAAUGGCAAAGAGCAAAGAUUUAGUCGCAUGGCAGGACUGCACCCCGGCGUUGAGAAACGGCACAUCCUACGACUCACUAGGUGUUUUCUCUGGAUCAAUCGUUUCCAAAAUCGUCGAAGGAGAGCGUGUUUUGUACCUUUUCUACACGAGUGUCUCAUCCUUGCCAAUCCAUUGGUCGCUACCGUACGUCGAGGGGUGCGAGUCCCAAUCUGUUGCAUUCUCAACAGAUUUCGGGGAAACAUGGCACCGUUAUCAAUACAAUCCGCUUCUAGCAUCACCGAAAAAUGGCACAAGAACAACCGGAUGGCGGGAUCCCUUUGUUUCACAGUCGCAGUCUCUUUCCAAGCUGCUGGGGUCAGAUGUCGAAACCAACUUCAUGAUGAUUGCGUCGGGCAAUCGAGACUUGGGAUCUCAGCUUUGCGUGUAUCAAUCCAAUGACCUGCUAGGAUGGGAGUCUCUGGGAACAGUGCUAAGAGUAAAGAAUGGGUCGAAGAUCUCUCCCAGCAGCAAGUUGCAAUUUGGUCAGAACUUUGAAUGCGCUUCAUUCUUUACUCUGGGCCAGCAAGACUAUAUCGUCGUGGGUGUCGAGGAAGACAGUCAUAGCGAAAGACACAAUGGGCAUUAUCUCUUAUGGCUUUCCGGCAAAUUCACUCUGAAAAACGGCAGCCUGGACUUCGAAAUUCAGUCCCACGGAUUAUUGGACCACGGCAUCUUAUAUGCGGCCCAUAUCUUUCGUGAUCGUGAAAACAGACUACUUCAACUGGGCUGGGCUGACGAAAGUGCAAAAGAGUCUGUCAUAGAGUCGCAGGGCUGGGCAGGGUGUCUGGUUCAUCCAAGGGAGCUGUUCGAGAUCUCUGAGCCUAUAACCGAUGUUGGAAGAGCGAGCAAUAGAUGGCUCGUUGACGAAGAAUCUGGCAGGAUGUCAACACUUGGAAUUCGCCCAGCACCACAAGUCACGACUCUCAGAUCUGGUUAUCCCUCGAAUUCGCUUCAGGAGUUUAGCUCAAUCCGAACGAAGACCUUUGAACUAACAGCUACCUUCACCAACCUCUCCGGCAACGAGAGGUUUGAUUUCAAUGUUCGAAAAUCGCCUGAUAACACCGAAGUUACGAAGCUCAUCUUUGAUCUCGAGAAGGGCGCAAUGAUAGUUGAUAAAAGCAAGUCUUCUAUCCACGGUCUCGGGGAGUCAACUCCUGACUUUGGGGAUCUUGACCUCCUCGAUGGAGAAGACCUUGUUGUUCGAAUCUUUGUCGAUGUUUCUCUGGUCGAGAUUUACGUGAACAACAGAUUCACGCUCACUUCACGUAUUUAUCCAAGCCUUGAGACUUCGAUAUGUGCAUCAUACAACUUUGGGUCAUAUCCUGAGUCGGCUGUAGAUUUGAGACUCUGGGAUAGGCUCAGAGAUGCAUGGCCAGACAGGAUCCCCGGUGAUACUUUGACAGAGAUGGGCGCGCAUGAAGGGAAUGAGUUGCGUGAGCAGGAGCUUGGAAGAAGCGAAAGUUUUCUCUGUCCUGCUAUCGUAGCUUGA